CUGUGACCUGUGUAAUUUUUUAAAAUGUCUUUCUUUUUAUUACGGCACGUGUAGACGCGGACGACUUGCUAUCAUUUAUUAAAAUAUAUAGUUUUAGUUAGUUAAUAAAAUGCCAUCGGACGCGAAGAAACGUGCCCAACAAAAGAAGAAAGAGCAAGCGAGCAAUAGGAACAAAAAGCCAGUGGCCCGUGUGACUAACGCCGAAGAAAAUGGUUCUUCGACGAACGGUACUAAGGAAGAUCGUGAGCUCACCGCUGAAGAGGCGCUAUGUUUAAAACUGGAGGCGGAGGCCAAGAUGAACUCCGAGGCGCGGUCGUGCACCGGAUCCUUGGCGAUGCACCCUCGCUCCCGAGACAUCAAGAUCGCCAACUUCUCAAUCACCUUCUACGGCAGCGAACUCUUGCAGGACACUUUGCUAGAGUUGAAUUGCGGCAGACGUUAUGGAUUGGUCGGAUUGAACGGAUGCGGCAAGUCAUCACUGCUGGCCGUGUUGGGUCGUCGCGAGGUGGCCAUCCCGGCGCACAUCGACAUCUUCCACCUGACGAGAGAGAUGCCCGCCUCGGACAAGACGGCUCUCAAGUGCGUCAUGGAAGUCGACGAGGAGCGCGUCCAGCUCGAGAAGCUGGCUGAGGAGUUGGCACAGAGCGACGAUGAUGAGGCGCAAGAACAGCUGAUGGACGUUUACGACCGGCUAGAGGAGCUGAGCGCGGACACGGCGGAGGCGCGCGCCGCUCACAUCUUGCACGGGUUGGGCUUCACCAAGGAGAUGCAGCAGAAAGCCACUAAAGACUUCUCCGGAGGUUGGCGCAUGCGCAUUGCGUUAGCCCGCGCUCUGUACGUUAAACCGCAUCUCCUGUUGCUCGACGAGCCGACCAACCAUCUCGACUUAGACGCCUGCGUGUGGCUCGAGGAAGAACUUAAACACUACAAACGCAUCCUCGUCUUAAUAUCUCACUCUCAAGAUUUCUUGAACGGCGUCUGCACCAACAUCAUCCACAUGAGCAAACGGCGCCUGAAGUACUACACGGGUAACUACGAAGCGUUCGUGCGCACGCGCAUGGAGUUGCUCGAGAACCAGAUGAAGCAGUACAAUUGGGAGCAAGAUCAGAUCGCGCACAUGAAGAACUAUAUAGCCCGGUUUGGUCACGGCUCGGCCAAGCUGGCUCGCCAGGCUCAGUCUAAGGAGAAGACCCUCGCCAAGAUGGUGGCGCAGGGGCUCACCGAAAAGGUGGUUGACGACAAAACGCUCAACUUCUACUUCCCGUCGUGCGGGAAGGUUCCGCCGCCAGUUAUUAUGGUGCAGAAUGUAUCAUUCCGAUACACAGACACCAGUCCGUGGAUCUACAAGAACCUGGAGUUCGGUAUUGAUUUGGAUACUCGACUCGCUCUUGUCGGACCCAACGGUGCUGGCAAGUCUACUCUCCUGAAACUACUCUAUGGAGACUUGGUGCCGACAACGGGCAUGAUCCGUAAGAACUCUCACCUGCGUAUAGGGAGAUACCACCAGCACCUUCACGAGCUGCUAGACCUGGACCUGUCACCGCUUGACUACAUGAUGAAGGAGUUCCCGGAGGUGCGCGAGCGAGAGGAAAUGAGGAAGAUCAUAGGACGGUAUGGACUCACUGGCCGGCAACAGGUGUGCCCGAUGCGACAGUUGUCCGACGGGCAGCGGUGCCGCGUGGUGUUCGCGUGGCUCGCGUGGCAGACCCCGCACCUGCUGUUACUCGACGAGCCGACCAACCAUCUCGACAUGGAGACCAUCGACGCCCUCGCCGACGCCAUCAACGACUUCGACGGCGGCAUGGUGCUCGUCAGUCACGACUUCAGGCUCAUCAAUCAGGUGGCCGAAGAGAUUUGGAUAUGCGAAAACGGCACCGUUACCAAGUGGCAGGGCGGUAUCCUCAAGUACAAGGACCAUCUCAAGUCUAAGAUCCUGAAGGAGAACGCGGACAACGCCGCCAAAAUACGCAAAUAGUCAAAUGUUAGAUUGAUAUUCACCCUGCGCUCAUAGCACUCUCUCGCCAACACCUGUCUCAGGGUGUGGGGUGGUGGUUCCCAAACUCCCAGACGGCACAGCUGUGAUUGAGGGUUACUGGUUUACGGAAAUCUGGUUGUGUUUUAUGUGCUAAAAAUAUCGUACUUUCAAGAGUUGUAAAAUAUCUUUUUGAUCCCAAUUAAUGUAAAGAACGAAGAUAGCAAUAAUGGUUAAUAGUUUUAAAGAAAGGCUGUGCCUCAAGACAUUGUUAGAAGCGGUGAUGUAGUAACAUCACAGUUUAACAUCCACUAUCAUCGAUCACGUCCGUGACAAGGCAAGCGUGAACAGCUCCAAUCAAUUGAAAAUGUUGCCUUAUUUUUAACACCAAACUGAACAGACUGCAUGAUUAUUUAGACUGUAAUACAAAAGUAAUACAUAGUUGAUAGAUUUGACUAGUUUUGACUUGUGUAAUGCUUGCUAAACUGCCUUAGUAAUUAAAGUAGCAGUAGUAUACAAUAGUUAUAAAUGAAAUGUAUCGUUUCACUUUGCGAACCGGAGUGCCGUUUAGUUUGGGAACUACAUGUUGCGUCUUAGAGUUUUAAAUAGCAUGUAACAUCACUUUGUAUGAGAAUGUAUGAAGUCGUGGUCACAUACUAUGUGGUGUUUCAGCCCGCGUGUAAGGCAGUUUCGAUGCGUGAUCUAACAAACUAAUCGAUAAUGCGAACUUCCUCUAACUGGGUGAUAUUAUUAAUAGUUUAGUUAAUGUUUUGUGUAUUGACUUGGUCCUUGGGUUUGUUCUUUUUUUAUUUUCAUAUUUACAUGUGCAAAUUUGUAUAAAUGAGACUAAAAUUAGGUGUAUAAAAUGAUUUGAUUUUAUAAUCAAUCCGUGAUCCAAUGUUGCAUAGCAAAUGGAUGCAUGGCACUGAGAUAUCGCGCCCCACAGCCGCGUCGACGUUCCACCGAGAACUGGUCGGUGUCCGAGACGGUUCUGGUGGGACUUGAUUAGACAGGUGUUGGUCCAGACAGUGGUUGUACAUUACGUGAUUUACACCAGCAUUGUGAUCCCCGAGCUGCCUAUUUAAGCGUAGUUUAGAAGUAUUAUAAUGUAAUGUUGACGUGCGACGCGUCUGUCUGGCUCUCUUAUUUGUAUUUCUUAACGUAAUUUAAUGAUAAUAGUGUCAAAUGUAGAAAUUAUUAUAAACAAUAGAUAUAUAGGCGGUUCGUUUUAGUAUUAUAAAAGUAAGUAGUUUAUAAAUCUCGUACCAAACACUCAAAAUGAGGAUGGGAAUAAUCAUUGAUUGGUUGAUGUAGAUUUAUAAUACAAAUAUUAAUUGCGAACGAAAUUCAGCUAUCACACACACGACGAGAUACAUAUUCCUAUUCUCAUUUUUUAAUUCAAUAUACACAGUUAUAAAUAAAUGAUAUAGUAUUUCAUAUACAAUUUUUGAUAUUUAGCUUAUUGAUGUACGAUAUUCACUACAUGCCUUACAACCGUGCCGUUUUACGAGCGUUUGUCGUAGUAUUAUAGUAUUACUUCAGCAUAAACAGUGCAUAACGAAAGCUAUAAUUAUGUGAUGAUAUUGGAACACCAAAUAAAUAAUAUAAUCCGUUGGCCAGACACACGACGUCGUUUCGUCACGUUCGCACGAGAGAUAUAUUAUUGAAAUUAGUUGACACCAUUGACGUAUAUUCUAUAGACACGAACGUCCAUAUAAAGUAAUUGUUCAAAAUCUGAACUAAAAUGACAAGCAAAACGUCACUGUAUAAACCUAUUUAUUUACUUAACAAAUAAUUUUACUUCUUUGACUAAAUUUUUUUAUUUACAUCUUGGUUUACACUUAGACUCGAGUUCUUAUAUUAUGAGCGUCACUCCGUACAUAACCACACACUGUUCAUGUAGAAAUAAUACUAAAGUCAGGUGUACGGAUUGCAGUACAUUAGAGUCGGACACAAUGAGUACGGAACGCCAGAUAUAGUACUUAGUACAUAUAUAUCGAUGGUUGACACUAAGUUAUGACUGUACAUUGUCGCGUAACCUUCAUUAAUAUUUUAUAAAUAUAAAUUGUCAUCAUUUUAAGGGUUAUUGAAAACUCACUUGUGGACAAGGUCUUAGUGAUAUUUAUAUGCUAUAGGCUAAGAGCUGAGCACACAACUGCUUUAUGAUCUCCGCAUACAACACGUUUCGGCACCCAAGAGUACGUCAGUGUUUAAGUGUAAAUUUGAUCGACGGUAUUUCCAUAUCGAGGUAAUCUUAUUAUUAUUUGCUGCAAAAAGAUUCAACGCAUCUCACAGGGUUGAUAAAACCAUGAUUUUUGUAAGAAAUAUAUAAUUAAAUUUAUAUUAUUCAAAACAUUUUUCAUUCGGAUUUUGGUUAAAGAUAAUUAGUUUUUUUAGCCCUGUAUUCGGUCGGCUGGAUACCCGAAUAUGCGCUAGAUUUCCGACCGGAUAGUGUUUCGGCCGCCGGAUAGGCCGGAUACUGAUAGUUACCGGAUAUCCGUUACAUCUCUACUGAAGACCCAUUAGCGCCAAACUAGGUUUGAAUUAAAUUUAUAUUCUUAAUUGAAAUUCGUGUUUUUAUGGAGAUACGGCAUACCAGUGAUAUUAAUUCCUAUAUUCCAGUACAGAUUAACAGGCUUUUGGCUGUUUUUAUAAGGCUCCUCCUAAUAUCCUUGAAAAUCUUUACUAACUGAUUUUGCCUGACAAUCUGUGCUGUUAACAUAUUAGUUGGACGCAUUAUGGUGUGAUAGUAUUUAUAGCGAUAUUUUAUAUAUCGGGAGCUGAGCGUGCGUCGACAAUGUGAUUAUCUGCGCGUGCGCCUCUUAGCCUCGUAGGACAUCGUGUUCACAGCGGUGGUUACUAGUUUAUAAUAGACAAUUCCAGCUGAAGUAGGUAGCGAAAUGAAUGUCACCGAAAUAGUCUUUGAUUACAUUAUAUUUACAAUUGUGAUUACAUAUAUUUUGCCUCUGUUUGUAUUCAUCUUCCCUUGUAUAACAUUUCCAAUAGAAUCCAUCCUUAUGUCUUAGGGGUCGUGUUUAGGUUUGUCAAAAUAUCACAGCGAUGUGUUAAUGCAAAUAGGUUUGUUUUUGUUUUUGUAUAACUUGUAUAAUUCUCCAAACUAAACACCUUUGAGAUUUAUGUGUCAUAUUGACAUACGGCCGAUCUCCAUAAACUAUUCCAAUCCCCUAACUUGAAGAGUAGCUGCAAGAAAACUAGAAAUAUUAUUUAUACCUAAUGAGCACGUCAAACAAAUCUAAUUCUAAUUAGUCCAUUUUUUUAUUGACGCAGAGGUAGUGAUUAGGAAGCAAAUUAUUGAAAUCGGCCGUAAGUAUGAUGGCGAAUUUUUAUAGUUGAUGUUUGUUUUAAUCCGGAUAAAUUAGAUUUUUUUAAAAUAUAUUUCUUUAUAAAGCGCAUUGUAUUUAUAAUAAUUUUCUUUAAAAUUAGUUAAAAUUCGUAAAGUGAUGUCGACAUAACUACUUACGUGUCUAAAUCUGUCUGAAAUUGUCAUAGUAAUAAUCCUGCAGAAGCCUCAGUUAUUUAAAUUGACACGUUCUUUAAAAUUAAGGAAAUUAAACCCAAUGAUACGAGGUUAUUUAUGAAUAUCAUAUCGGUAGUCGGCAGGUUAGUUGACUUAGCGAUAUAUCUUUGCAUCAUUGAGAAUGUCAAAGAUGUCGCUUUAUUCAAUUAUAACUGUGGACAUCUUAUUGAUCAUAUAUUACAUUUAUGUAUUAUAAGACUUAAUGAAAUCCAUCGAAUUAUGCUUAAAACACAAAUUUAUCCCGAUUCGCCUCUCCGGCGUGCAUAUGCUGAGUGCCGUACAACACACCGCGAUUUUUUAUUAUAUCUUAUAAUAUUGGGAUUAUUGCGUCCGUCCUUGCGGUGGACACAUCGACAUUUGUUUCAAUGUCGGCAUAUGUAAUAGAAUAUAGUCGAGGUCAUAGAGUAUUAUAAGUAUUAUAAAUAGGGGCGUAGUUACCAUGGGAUACAUGUACGGAGCGCUUCAGUCCUAACAUUAUUGGACACAAUUGUGAAAAUAAUUUAUUUCGGAAGCAAUGAUAGAUGUGUAUAUCACAAACUAGUGACAGGAUUGACUCAUAGCUAUUUGUACUACCGACUCAUUUUUGGGUACCAAUACCAUAAAGAUCAAGUCAAUUAUCAAAAAUAUAUAAAAUAGCAUUGUUAUUGAACGUAGAAUAAUAUCCCUGUUCCCAUAUCUACGCCCACAUGACACUAGCAAUCCUUAAUCCAAAAAAACUAUAUAGACCGUAAUUAAAUUUAGUGAUAGUAACAGUAAAGAGGAAUGCACUAGGCGGUUAUGUUGCGGCUAAAGCUGCGCAGUCCGAGCGGUGCGUUUAGUGCUAUAUUAUGGACGUGUCCAUUAAUGGAAUAUGUUGCAUAGUGGCGAUUAUAUGUAUAUAUUAUGGUGUUCACGCGAUCGAACAUUACCCACCUGUUCGCUUACAGAAGUCACGUUUCUGUGUUUGCAUUCUUGAAAAAUCAUAUGUCAUUGUGUGAACACAGUUUUGUUUUGCCGCAAGCCUGUUCAAAUGGAUGCGCAGCUUUUAAGUUUGCAACUCGACCUAAAAUUAAUAAAUAUUCGAUGUCGCACCAUGUACAUAAGUUUCGAAGAUUUUUCACUAUUAUAGUAUUAAUUUAUUAUUUUUAUGCAUUUUCUAUAUAUUGUCUUUUCAUUAAUUGAUUAUGCACAUUGCUUGUGUUGUCUCAGAUAGGAAGGAGUAAUUGAUUAUGUUGGGUUGCCAACGUGGUCACUUUGUAAAAAUUAUCUUGACAAUAGUACCUACUUAUGAUCCCAACACGUUUCGCCCAUGUUUUUGAAUAUCAUUUAAUUUUGUAAUAGUUAUUUAGUUAAAACAAGCAGACAGGCCAUGCUGCAUUAAGCUUGAUCUGAGGCAAAGUUAUUAUAAAUCAAUAAAACUGAUUAAAUGCUGAA